AUGUCGACUGCAAUUGCCAAACGCAAGCGCGCAAGAAAGGCAUGCAUCCCAUGCCACCAGCGCAAGCGGAAAUGUGACACCAUUUAUCCAUGUGGCAUGUGCACCACAUAUGGAUACAACUGCAGGUAUGCCGACGAGGACGGCACCACCAAGCCUGCGAGUGGCGUACAAAUUUCGCCUCCAGCCAAGCGCGUCAACCUCAACAGUGAAAGUCAAAGCCUGACAAACCAGGCCCCCGCAGCACGCAGUCCAGGUAUCUUUGACGAGCAAAAGUUCAGACACUCUGGCGCAUCGGCGGCCAUGGCAUUCCCACAUAUCUUAGGCGUGGCUCUUGGCUCUGACAGUCCUCCCAAGACGCGUUCCUUUGCCUAUAAUUUUGGCAUUCGCCCCGAAGAAGCAUCCAACACUCACUGCUUUCUGGGAAACCUCAUCUCGGAAGAGGACCUCGACUUCUUUUCAGAGGUUUACUUCUCAAUAUUGGGUCCUAUCGGUGACGUACUUGACCGGGGAAUGUAUGCCCAGCGAUGCCGAGACUAUUAUCAUAGUUCUCCACCUCAAAGUUCCGGCAGCAAUGCGGUCGCCUUUGCCGCCGUGGCAGCUGGUGUGGCCGCUCUCGGGUCGUUCCUUUCACCUACUAAUAGACACCCGCGGGAGUCUGAGCUGGUGCAGUACGCUAAAGCUAUUCUUGAUGAUCCGGCUUCUUUGCGAUUGCAUGGUAUUGAUCAUAUCGUCGCGUGGGGCAUGCGGGUGUUUUAUUUACGGGCUACAACACGCCCUAGCAAUGCCUGGAUCGCUUCUUGCACCCAGAUGCACCUCUGUGAAGCGAUCGGCUUACACGAGGAAGAGAAUAUCAAGAAGAUGGCGUCGGUUCUGGGAUAUGAUGCCGAUCUUUUAAGGAGGAUAUUUUGGAUUUCGUGGGCUGGGCAUAAUAUGCUGUCCUAUGAAUAUGAUCGUUCGCCUGUAUGCUUUCAGGCUGUGACUUGCCUAUCUAUUAUUCCGCCAGCAAAGUCUGUUGCCGACCAAUUUGUGGAACUAAUUCAGAUUAUUCCAUCGCCUAACUCUCCGUUCCAGCUUCAGUGGCAGGCCUCAACUCCGAGUGAGGAGCUACUUGAGCGUCUCAAAGUAUUAGGUGAAUUCCAAACCACACAUCCGUUCCUUGUGGUAACGAAAGCAGACAUUGCGUUCUGCUUCUAUCGGCGCCUUUAUCAACUCAAGACCCGCAUAUCAGAUGAGGCCAUCAGUGUUGUCAUUGAUAGCGGAAACGCCGCAGUGGAAGCAGCCGAGCUGCAAGCUAAUCAGGGCCGUCUAUUUUGGAACGUCAUCGGCAGUGUAUUCCAGUACACCUGUAUCUUGUUGGCUAUCGACACGCCUGCAGCCAUUGUACACAUCGGAGCUGCGUUCAAAGGAUUAGAGAACCUUGUCAAGGCUGCGGACACAGCACUAACGCGCGAGGCGUUAUCGAUGGCGCGGCAUCUACUCACUCUUAAUAUGGCGAAGAAGCGGAAGGAACUGACUCAGUUGGAAGUCGUCGAGGCAAACUGUGAAUUCCCGGUGUCCGAAUCCAAUACUGUGCCAGAUAUGGACUGGGCGGUGGAUUGGGACCAAUUUUUUAUCGAUCCGUAUCUAUCGAUGCUCGGCCCCGACAUUCAGAUAUAG